CAGCUCAGUACACCAUAGUGACCUCACGUGAACUUUAACGCGUAGUUUACAACUUCGCAGUGGGAUUAAGAAGUAAAUUGAAGCAGUGGCCGCUACCCUUCAGCUCAGCUCAGUCGGCGGAAACAAGGAAGUGAACAGCUGACUGACUUCUGCCGGAGAAGAACAGUGGUAUGCAGAUAUUGGCUGUGAGGUUUCCUGUGUCAAGAAGAAGCUUCCAAGCCAGGACAUGACUUCUCCCAGACCUUCUUUAUCCUGACAGAGACUUUUACAACCAGGAUCCUGACUCUCUACCUCAGUCCACGUGGAGUCCACACCGUCUUUUCUACCUCUUGGAACAUCUGCUGGGUUUUUUUCUGUUUUUCACCUACCUCAGCACAUACUGUGUCAGAGCUGUUAUCAGCCAACAGACUCUUAAGUUUAUCACCAGGCUCUCAGGUUUCAGUCAUCCAGUCAGGGUGUAUCACUGCAGACUGGUUUUCUUCUUGCUUGGUAGCUGCCGUCAGCACAGUCUAACCCCCCUGCUGGCAGGGGUCACCUGAAGGAGCCAUGCCAUAUUUGUAAUGUUGGCGCCCUGUGUAGGAGCAGGAUCAGAGGACAAACAGGGGCGGAGUCACAGAGACAUUCCUCGGUUUGUGGUUGGCUGUGAAAAUGAUGACUGUGACAUGGGCCAAACGGACACAGGCUUGAAGAACAAGAUGUUUCGAGGAGAGGAAAUGGACGAUGAUGAUGAGUCGCCCUCAGAGCGACAGAUUGUGGUCGGCAUAUGUGCCAUGACAAAGAAAUCCAAAUCCAAGCCCAUGACUCAGAUCUUGGAGCGUCUUUGUAAGUUUGACUAUAUUGAUGUAGUCAUCUUUCCCGAAGAGGUGAUCCUGGAGGAGCCCGUGGAGAGAUGGCCCCUCUGCGACUGCCUUAUCUCCUUCCACUCCAAAGGUUUCCCUCUGGACAAAGCAGUGGAAUAUGUCAAGCUCAGGAAUCCACUGCUCAUCAAUGAUCUCAACAUGCAGUAUUUCAUUCAGGACAGGAGGGACGUUUAUCGGAUCCUAAAGGAAGAGGGCAUCGAUCUACCUCGUUACUCUGUGCUGAACCGAGACCCUGACAAUCCUGAAGAGUGUAACCUGGUGGAGGCGGAGGACCACGUUGAGGUGAAUGGGGAGGUGUUCCAUAAACCCUUUGUGGAGAAACCUGUGUGUGCAGAGGACCACAACGUUUACAUCUAUUACCCAACAUCAGCCGGAGGAGGCAGCCAGAGACUCUUCAGAAAGAUAGGGAGCCGUAGUAGUGUGUACUCCCCGGAAAGCAGUGUACGAAAGACUGGAUCUUACAUCUACGAAGAGUUCAUGCCGACAGAUGGUACUGAUGUUAAGGUUUAUACAGUGGGCCCAGACUAUGCUCAUGCUGAGGCCAGGAAGUCGCCAGCACUGGAUGGGAAGGUGGAGAGGGAUAGUGAGGGGAAGGAGAUCCGAUACCCCGUCAUGCUGACCGCCAUGGAGAAACUGGUGGCCCGCAAGGUCUGCCUGGCCUUCAAGCAAACAGUAUGUGGGUUCGACCUGCUCAGAGCCAACGGCCAUUCAUUUGUCUGUGAUGUUAACGGCUUCAGCUUUGUCAAAAACUCCAUGAAAUAUUACGAUGACUGUGCCAAAGUCCUGGGGAACAUGGUAAUGAGGGAGUUAGCACCCCAGCUCCACAUCCCCUGGUCCAUCCCCAUGGAGGCUGAAGACAUCCCCAUUGUCCCAACAACCUCAGGAACCAUGAUGGAGCUGCGCUGUGUUAUUGCCAUUAUCCGGCAUGGAGAUCGCACACCAAAGCAGAAGAUGAAAAUGGAGGUCCGCCAUCCUCUAUUCUUUGAAUUAUUUGAGAAGUUUGGAGGAUAUAAAACAGGAAAGCUUAAACUCAAAAAGCCAAAACAGCUGCAGGAAGUGCUGGAUAUUGCUCGCCUGCUCCUGGUUGAACUGGGCCAGCACACUGACUGCGAGAUUGAGGAGAAGAAAUCCAAACUAGAACAACUUAAGACUGUUCUGGAAAUGUAUGGUCAUUUCUCAGGUAUCAACAGGAAAGUCCAGCUCACCUACCUGCGCAAUGGCAAACCUAAAGCAUCCAGUGAAGAAGAAGAUUCUAAGAAGGAUGGCCCAUCUCUGCUGCUGGUGUUGAAGUGGGGCGGGGAGCUGACGCCUGCAGGCCGGGUUCAGGCUGAGGAGCUGGGCAGGGCUUUUCGCUGCAUGUACCCUGGAGGUCAAGGUGACUAUGCUGGGUUUCCUGGCUGUGGCCUCCUACGCCUGCACAGCACUUAUCGCCAUGACCUAAAGAUCUACGCCUCUGAUGAAGGAAGGGUGCAGAUGACGGCUGCUGCUUUUGCCAAGGGUCUGCUGGCUCUAGAAGGGGAGCUGACCCCCAUCCUGGUUCAGAUGGUGAAGAGUGCCAACAUGAACGGACUGCUGGACAGCGACAGCGACUCUCUGACUGACUGCCAGCAGAAAGUGAAGGCCAGGCUGCAUGAGAUCAUGCAGAAGGACCAGGAUUUCACAGAGGAGGACUAUCAAAAGUUGGCUCCAACAGGCAGUCCAUCGCUGGUGAACUCUAUGAAGGUCAUAGAGAAUCCAGUCAAAACCUGCGACAAGGUGUAUGCCCUCAUCCAGAGCCUUACGUCACAGAUCCGAAAGAGACUGGAGGACCCGAAGUCUGCAGACUUGCAGCUUUACCACAGCGAGACUUUGGAGCUGAUGCUGCAGCGUUGGUCCAAACUGGAGAGAGACUUUCGCAUGAAGAAUGGGCGCUACGACAUCAGCAAGAUCCCAGAUAUCUACGACUGCAUCAAAUAUGAUUCGCAGCACAAUGCCUCUCUUGGCCUGGAGGACACACGGGAGCUUUUCAGACUGUCCCGUGCUCUGGCUGACAUAGUCAUACCACAGGAGUAUGGCAUCUGUAGAGCAGAGAAAUUAGACAUCGCUCAGGCUUACUGCGUUCCCCUGAUGAAGAAAAUCCAGCUGGACCUGCAGAGGACCCACGAGGACGAGGCUGUCAACAAGUUGCACCCUCUGUAUUCUCGGGGUGUGAUGUCUCCUGGCCGUCAUGUCCGCACACGCCUCUACUUCACAAGCGAGAGCCACGUUCACUCCCUGCUCAGCAUCUUCCGCUAUGGAGGCCUGCUGGAUGAGGAGAAGGACCAGCAGUGGAAGCAGGCGAUGGACUACCUGAGUGCUGUGACUGAACUCAACUACAUGACACAGAUUGUCAUCAUGCUGUAUGAAGACAACAAUAAGGACCCCUCCUCAGAGGAGCGUUUCCAUGUGGAGCUUCACUUCAGUCCAGGAGUCAAAGGAUGUGAAGAUGAAGAGAAUAUCCCUCUUGGAUUCGGCUUCCGUCCGGCCUCCUCGGAGAAUGAAGACAAAAAGCCAAAUCAGGGCAGUCUGGAGGACCUUUCCCAGGAUGAGCCAGACCAGGCACUUCAUGUCUCUGAUCCAAUCAAUAUCCAGCGAAGGUCUCCCAUGAUUCGCAACCGCAAGACGGGCUCCAUGGAGGUCCUCUCUGAAACCUCCCCCACCCAUUCCUCCAAAGGCUGCACAUCCCAUCGACUCUUCAUAUCCUGCUCGCGCCAGUCUCCUGAGGUCAAACCAGCCAGCGGCUUAGGCUCGCUCUGCUCUGGCCUCUUCAGUGCCUCUGCCCUCGGGGUGUCCUGUAGCGCCCCUAACCUUCGGGACUACGUCCGCACACACCACCGUCACCACCACCUGAAGCCACCUCUGUCUCCCGGCAGUUUGCCGUGCAAGAGUGGCAUGUUUGAGCUGUUCUCUAUGCUGGCAGUAAAGAGAUUUUCUGUGUCGUUUGCCAGGCAUCCGACUAAUGAGCCUUCAGAUGAGCUACAUUUAGUCCAGAUGCUGGAGGGGCUGCCUGCUGAGACAGCCCUGCUGGGGUUUGUGGAUGUGGCCGUGGCCCACCACCUGCAUCACUGCCCCUACCACUUCCGUCUCUUCAAGACUUGGAUGGUGUCUGGUCUGGAGCUCCCAGAGUCUCUCUACGGGUUUGAAGGAUGCUCCAUGGUGCCUUCUAUCUACCCACUCGAGACGCUGCACAACUCGCUGUCCCUGAAGCAAGUGGACGAGUUUCUUAACUCAGUGUGCGAGAGCAACAGUGAGGUCCAGGCCAAAACCAUGAAAGCGCUCUCUGGCUUGUUUGCCUCUCAGAGCCAGAUUUCUCUCUAUAGCCCGCAGCAGCCUCUGUCCUCCUCUGGAUCUGAAGCAUCUCUUCAACCACCAAGCCAGCCUUUGUGGCAUGGCAGCAUCCCCUCCAGUGCUGUAUCCAGUGCGGGCCCCUCAUCCCCGAUCACAGAGUCUUCUGGUCUGAACUUCAGCUUCAGUGAGUAAGCUGACUGAAAAACACAAUCUGAGGCCGUGGUGUGAAGACCUCACUUCCUGGUCUGCUAUUCAUCCUUCCCUGUGUCCUCUUGCUCACAAACUCUAUAAAUGACUACACAAACUGUACAUAGUGACUCUUCUGCUGCACCCUGACUGCAGCUCAACACUUCUCCUCACUACACCUGCACUUCUCCAUGAAGAGGAAGAAAAACACAGGACCUCCAGCCGCUGGAAAUCACUCAUCACCUCGAUCCUCCUCCUCAGUCUGUUAACACUUUCAUGAACCCAAAUCCACCAGCAGUGACUGCUCAUCAAGCCAUCAUUCAGGCCCUCAGUUUGAUUUGGAUCCACCAGUAUUUGCUGUUUGUCCUGUAGAUGUUUUUUUUCUCACGCACCAGCAGCCUGUUUUCUGAGCCGCGCUCCCGACGUUUCCGGCUGAAAUGCAUCACAGGCUUUGAGUUUGUGGUGAAUUUCCUCCAUAAAGGACAUGGGAUUAGAUGAUUAAUAUCGCUCUCAUAUCCAGCUGUUAGAUAUGAAGCCAUAACCUGUCGGCUUGGCUUAGCACAAAGACUUUAGUUUUAUCUUUAGAUGAGGGCAGUGUUAGCUGUUCCCUUUUGUUUCCAUUCCUUAAAUAAACUGGCUGCUGGAUUUGAGAGUGGAAUCAAUCUUCUCAUCUAAGGCCUCAGUCAUACACACUUAGAGACCGGUUAGCAACUCUAAUCAAUUGGCAUCUGGUUACCAUUGGUUUCUGGCAGUUGUUAGAGGGUGCUGCAUGAAAAACCUCCUUGUGAUGUAGUUUGCGUGGAAGAUACCACUCUAGUCUGCUUCUGGUCUGCAUCACAGUUUCACUACUGCUCAAUGAGUAGGUGGCAAGUGUGCAGACAAGUCAGCGUCUGCAACAGCCAGCAACCUCUCACAAACUGUCCAGAGGAUGCAGACAUUUCAAAAGUGGCUGCCAGGAGUUUGCCAAGCCGUCUCCAGGCCUGUGUGACUGAGGUCUACCUUGUUGCAAGGAAACAAAGUGUCUGUGCCAACAGUAUUUCACAUCAAACCUCUAGAUUAUAAAAUCACUUCUGCCUGCAGAUGGAAAACCUCGGACAUCAUGUUAGUCGUGUAAAACUGUAACCAAAGCUAACGCAGCCAAAUGUUGUCUAAUGUACAAUACAAAACAUCUGGAGGGAUGCAGGUUAGCGUAGUGACUGUAAAUUAUUUGUCGCUCAUGUGAUUUUUGUUUUACUUCAUGCACAGAAAAAAAAAAUAGUAUAUUUUAUCAUUUUUAACUCAAGCCGACCUGAUCAACUGUUUAGUUCUCUGUGUUCGUGGGCUGUUAAAUAGAAACAACAAUGCUUCUGUAAAUGUGCCUUCAAAUAAUCAAUCAAUUGGGGGGGGGGGGUUUACAAAUCCAGACUGAAGAUAGGAAUCUACUGUAUAGUUUUGAGAUAUUAUAGAAUUAAAGGGAUAAGCCACUUGACUGAGUAGUCUGCUCUCCAGAUAUUGAGAUAUUUCUGUUUCUCAUCUCAUUAAUUAUGCUCAGGUAGAUGGGUAUAAACUAGGGGGGGGGUUACAUUCAGUUAAUUCAAUGGGGGAAUUGAAUUUUGUGCUGACUUUACUUUAAAAACCCAAAAUAAAUUGUUACUUUGACCAAAGCCUGUAAAUGAAUGAACACAUGGCCGUGGGCAUUAUCUUCAGCAGCCCUCUCAGCUUUACCAAAGUAUCAGAAUUAAAAUGUGCCCAUUUCAAAGUAAACUGGCCUUCAAAACUUGAAACAUCUACUGCAGAAUGAAUGUCUGAAUUGUCUCAAAGAGUCGUAGAUUCAUAUUUGAAGAGUGGUAAUUCAUUUUUAUUGGACUGUGAGCUGACGUCGGUGUAGCUGUGUAUUUAUGUGGUAAUGUGAUGUCAGCCAAAGAGCGGUGUGUGUGUUCUGUGUCGUUGUGUCUACUGAGGCUCAGUUUAGGCUCUGAUAUUGGAGAGAGGAGAGUGGUAAUAAUAAAAAACAAAAAUUAAAGAGUGUUGUUCAGUAUGUUAUCAAGCACUC